CUCCGUGCCACAACGAUCGUUUGCACUCAGAAGUAUCGUCUUGCUCGUUUUAUUUUCUGAACACGUUACCCAUUUUAAAAACAACUCCCUAGCAUAUUUCUAAUUACAUGGCAGAUCCAUCACUAGAAGUUUGCCCGGACUUCGACGGUCCAGCGUACGCAAAUAUCUGCGACGACAUACGAAGGGCAACCGGCCAAUCCCAAGAGGACGUUGUCACGCGCCUCACUCAAUCUUGGACGGAUGGUCACAACCAGAGAGUCAAUGAAUGGAACCUCAAUAGAGAGCAGGAAGCAGCUGAAGCCGCGGAAAUUGAGCAAGCCCGCGCAGCCCAGGAAGAGGAGGCUCGCAUUCUACGAGAAGCGGAAGCCGAAAAGGAGAAAGCAGAGGCAGAGGAAAAGAAACCAAAGAUGGGCAGCUUCGACGAGACCGUUUCAGUAGGAGACUCCAUUUCCCCGCGUCCUUCCCAAUACGCAAUCCAGAAGCUUAACAACUUCGAUUAUAUAGAGCUAUGGUAUUUUUCUCCGGACGGCUGCAAGGAAGCCCUGCGCACCGCGCGUUCAGUCGCAGAUGACUUUGGCCUCACUAGAGUCGACGACCAGCUGACGAUUCGCCCAGCUUACGCCUUCAAGGCCUCAAAAUCAGCCAUUGCAGAUCACGACCUCCCAUUCCUGACCUUUCUCCGCGCUAAGAACUUAUUUCUAAUGCAACUCAGCAAAGCCAAAUGGCCGCAAAGCCACAUUGACGCCCUCUCACUCUUUUUCUGGCAUCUCGAGAACCACCCCAUCCGAAACAACAGCGAAAUCGGAGACACGGUCAUCCUCCAUUACGCAUCACGGGUCCGUUUAGACUGGCACGACCGUCUCAAACGAGACGAAGGUUUUAACAUCGCUAUCAUCAACGAAACCCUCCUCCGUGCGAUCAACGAGGAACUCUGGGACAGAAUCCGCUCCAAAACUUUAAUGGCGAUGCCCGUAUCCUCUUUACACGGACGCCAACACCCACCUCAAUGUUCGCCCACUUCCCGUCCCUACACACACCUAACUUCUCUCCUUCAGCCCAAGACAAGCGAAUACCCUCUUCCCCAGUCCCAAAACCGCAAAUCUAGCUACAGAGACCACCACCGCGAUUCACGUAGGGACAACCACGACUACAACCGUCGUAGCUCUCGUUCUCGCUCCCCACGCCGUUCUGGCAAUGAUAACCAGAAAUCGUCCCCAGACAACUCCAAGAGUCGCAACUCCCACAAAAGGGAUUUUUCCCAAAGCGCAGGCACCCGCGGCCGGUCAGCCUGCGCAGUCUGUCUCGGCCGCUUCUCCCACGACAUACAGCGUUGCGAAGCCACAACUCUGUGGGACGGAAGCACCUCUUACAGUCGCAAGACGCAGGACAACCGCCUCGUCAAUCCGCAGGGAAACCCACUAUGUUUCAAGUGGCAGCAUCCCAACGGCUGUCACGCCGGAAACCACGAGUUCCACCACGAGUGUUCCGGCUGCGGAAGCAAGGACCACGGUGCUCAAAACUGCCCUCGAGGAGAGAAGGUACAAGGCUCACACGCCGUACAAACCUGAAGGAUGGACCCUGCUCCUCACGGAGACAGGGCUUCUUAGUAGAUAUCAUCAUAUUCCAGAGUGCCUGGUGUCAGGUUUUUCCGGGGGCAUUCCCCCGAUUAAAUGUACCUACAAACCCCCCAAUAAUCCCUCCAUCGACGAUCACGUCG